ACCGGCAUUAAGUUCAAUAAAGAUGCUGAUCGGAUGAACGCUGAAGCGAAGAAGAAGGUUGAUGUUUUAUCUGAGGAGUUGCUCCCGUACAUCAUUGCGGAGCAGGAGCGGCGGACCACCUUGUAUAAGCGAGUAAUGACGGCUAUACAGAAUGGAGAGAAAGGAGUCUCCAUUGCCGAGAUCAGGGGCAAACCCCCUGCGAUUAUCAGAAAGGGUCUAAUGUACCGUUGUCCAGAAAACCGACUUCCUAAGGAGCCUGAUGGUUCCGGCGUGAUCAUGUGUGAAGACAAUAUAGAACCGUCGCCCAUUAUGUUCGAGUCCUGCCUAUCUGCAGAGGAUAAAGAGCUCUUCGUCGCUAACAAUAAAUACUUCUUUUGCAAUCGUCACAAAAUUGAAGGACCAGAUCUACCGAGGAAUGGUUCCACGGUGAUCGGUUGCGCUCCAUGUGAACGGACUCCCCUGAACUACACUAGUCGACACUGUGCUCUGGAGGACACGGACGACGUCGUUGUGCAUUACCGAUACUAUCCCGAUAGAACGUAUAAAUAUGUGACUGAACUGGACCCUGACCGAGAGGUAUGCGACCACUGGAAUCCGUGUCAAAUCGGGUACAUCUUCAGUCUACCGGGACCUGACCAGGCCACAUCAGCUAGCGAAUUGUUUCAGGAUUAUGAGGACAAUAAGAACGAGACAGUUGUUCUAUCUCAGUCGUACACGACUAGUACGUCGCGGGUGACCGUACCAGCAGGAUACGCGUUCCACGGCAUCGGCAAAUACGUGCCAACUGGCGAACUAUGGCGAGUAACUCUACUGGACAAGCCAAUCAGAGGGUACCAGCAUAUCAGCGUGACAGUGGACAUUAAAGGGUCUUUAGUAGCAAUUUCGUUGGCUUUCAACCCCUUCAAGCCGACAGACGCUGCAACGUACUAUAUGCGAUUUUUAAACAAAAAUAAGAAAGAAAAACUAACAGCAAGACAGUCAAACAAAUCCAACGACUAUAAAUUUAUAAGUUUUCUUACCCUCAACACAGGCGACACUCAUGUCGAAACGCAGACAAUAGAAAUAGUAGCUGGAGUCAGAUUGAACACCACAACAAUAUACUUUACGUGCAAAGGUUGCAAAGUCCGAGGUAUAAUGUGGAGGUCCUUCGACAACAAACCACGGAAUGUCGGCAAUGAGAGAUGGAGAUCCAGGAAAUUCACUGACGAGAAAGGAGUAGAGCAACAAUAUGCAGAAAUAGAUUUUGGAUUGUUAAUACCCCAGUGGUAUGGAGACUACUUCCUGAUUCUUGAGAACGACGAUGGUAGCGAAGAGAGAUUUCUAGCGUUGAUCAUUAAAGCGCCAAGUGCUGAUAAAGAUAACGUUAUCAAGAUCAGUCGGUUGAAACAGUCCUUGACCACUGGUAGCAAACUGGAUAAAACUUUGGCAUAUACUUGUGAAUCGGAAUGCGAACUGAAUGAUAUCAUUUGUAAAGGCGACAGUGUCAUACCUCAGGGUCGUAUUGCCCUUAUACCUUCUUCCAAAACUAUAAAUAUACAUUACACUGGGUUUGAAGACGACAACUCAUGCGUGUACUUGGGUAUGUUCAAGAGUGGAGACAGUAUAUAUAACAAGAUCAUCGCUAUUUUGGAUAAUGCCUCACCUGAUGUUCGGAUUUUAAAUGAACCACAACGGGUAGAUUCACCUCCAGAAGGGGAGCAAUUUGAAUAUACAUCUAACUAUGAGUGCAAAGAGCCAUGCGAGGUGAAAGAGUUGCGGUUAAAUGGAAUCCCUGUGAGCGUGACUCAAGGUACUCGUCGAUCGGGUAUUGGUUCAUUAGUAUUUUACUUGCUUGGCAGCGACAAUACAGAUAAGAAAGGGUCUAUCAUUAUCAGAAUAAACGAGUACGCACCAGUGUUCGAUGGAUUCUUCCAGGCUACGUUCGAUAUCGAUGGUGAACAUAUAACAAAGAAUAUUCUAGAAAUCGGACCACCAGUAUCGGAAACUUCAGGUGGAGGAGCUGCCACUACUGAAUCUGCUGCUACUGAAUCUGCUGCUUCUGAGGCUCCUGAUUCUGAAGCUCCUGAUUCUGAAGCUCCUGGUAAGACAACAAGUAUUUAA